AUGAGGAAACACAACAGUGAAAUAACCUGGUUGUUGUUCUUUUCUUCCGUCUGCAGACUGAGUGGCUGUAACCUCUCAGGGAACAUCUGUCCACUUCUGUCCUCAGUUCUCAGCUCUCAGUCCUCCAGUCUGACAGAGCUGGACCUGAGCAACAACGACCUGCAGGAUUCUGGACUGGAGCAGCUGUGUCCUGGACUGGAGAGUCCACACUGUAAACUGGAGUCUCUCAGGCUGUCAGGCUGUCUGAUCUCAGAGGAAGGAAGUUCUUCUCUGAUCUCAGCUCUGACCUCCAACCCCUCCCACCUGAGAGAGCUGGACCUGAGCUACAACCAUCCAGGGGAUUCAGCAGGGAACCUUCUGUCUGGACUGGAGGAUCCCCGCUGGAGACUGGACACUCUCAGGGUGGAGCCUGCUGGACAACGAUGGCUGACACCAGGUCUGAGGAAGUAUUCCUGUCAACUCACCAUCGACACAAACACAGUCAACAAGAACAUCAAACUGUCUGACAACAACAGGAAGAUGAUGUUUGUGGAGGAGGAUCAGUCAUAUCCUGAUCAUCCAGACAGGUUUGAUCGUCUUCUUCCUCAGCUGCUGUGUAGAGAAGUUCUGACAGGUCGCUGUUACUGGGAGGUCCAGUGGAGCGGAUAUGUUUCUGUAUCAGUGAGUUACAGAAGAAUCAGCAGGAGAGGAAACUCUGAUGACGGUUGGUUUGGAGGAAACGAACAUUCCUGGAGUCUGGACUGUUAUCCAGGUGGUCAGUACCGUGUCUGUCACAAUAACAGUGGAACAUCCAUCACCUCCUCAUCUCCAUCUCCAGACUCUGACAGGGCAGCAGUGUACGUGGACGUUCCUGCUGGAACUCUGUCCUUCUAUGAAGUCAUCUCUGACGGACUGAUCCACCUCCACACCUUCAACACCACCUUCACUGAACCUCUCUAUGCUGGAUUUGGACUCUGGCCCUGGUUUGGUUAUUGUUCCUCAGUGUCUCUGUGUCCAGUUUAGUCUCCAGAGUCUCCUGUUAGAGAAACUAGAUAGAUAGAUAGAUAGAUAGAUAGAUAGAUAGAUAGAUAGAUAGAUAGAUAGAUAGAUAGAUAGAUAGAUAGAUAGAUAGAUAGAUAGAUAGAUAGAUAGAUAGAUAGAUAGAUAGAUAGAUAGAUAGAUAGAUGUACUUUAUUAAUCCCGAAGGAAAUUUAAGAGUGGUCAACUGCUCACAGAAUCAGUCACACACAACUAGUAUAAUAAAACAAGUUAAUAAAUAUCUAAAAUAAUAAAACUAAUGACAGGAGGGAGAACCGACUUGGGGACAAAGGCAAGGACAGGAAAAACAACACACCGCAACAGAAACAGCAACAAUGAGGACAGAAGUGUUCCAGCACUUCUGCCUUGGAGAGAUUCCCCCCACACCCGCCUGACUCCGGCUACUCCUACUCCCCCUCCCGCCUCUUCCUCCCACACAGGGUGUUGUGCAGCCUGAUGGCUCGGGGGACAAACGACUUUGUGUGUCUCGUUGUUGAGGAGUUCACUGAACGUAAUCUGUUGCUGAUGGUGCUCUGUCUCUGAAACUGUCUCUGUUGGAUCCUGGACUUGGAAUCUGGUUCUGGUUCCUCAGUGUCUCCAUGAUGAUGAUGAUGAUGAUGAUGAUGAUGAUGAUGAUGAUGAUGAUGAUGAUGAUGAUGAUGAUGAUGAUGAUCACCAUUAACCUUUAGUUUUUUGGUUUAUU